AUGGAGCAGAGCACAUUUCAACCUGGUGAUAUCUGCCUCGAAUGCCAGCAACAAGGCUUGAGAAAUCGUUUACGUACUUUUUACAUCGAUAUCAAUGAGCAAAUUGUGAAAUGUGAGAGCUCCUCCUGCAUUUAUCCUUACAUAAAUGACUUUUCGGAUUCUGAGGAAGAUGUGUCGUCUAAAGAAUUACAAAAAAGCCCACCAAAAUCCACUUCCUGGCCAUCUUCUGAUUUGUGUUCUUAUCCUAACAAUGAUUUUGAUGAGUUAGAUAGUGUCCGUUUUGUGGAAGCGCUACUUUGUAUCGAUGGGAAAAAUAAUACUGUUGAGAAAUCAGGAAUUGUUGGCAGCACCACAGAGAAUAGCGCGACACCAUUCCCCUUUCAAACUACCAGUUGCAUGUUACCCACCACAUCACAGAACCAUUCAGAAAU